GAGACAUAAGAGCGCAAGCAACGAAUGUGAUAGCGGUUCUCAGUUCAACAGUUCCCACUCCGACAAGGGUUUAGCGAAUCGAAAAUGGAGGAGCCGCAGAGAAUAAAAAAUGUCGCCUCAUCGAAACCUAAAACCCCUUCGAAGAGGAAGCCGCCGACGCCGCAAGAGCUGAUAUCUCACUACGAAUCGCAAGGCCUCGACUCUAACGCCGCCGCCGUGAAGGUCAUCGACGAUUUACAGAAGGCGUUGUUCGGAGUCAUAUCCUCCGGCCGCGGCAAGAAGGACAGACUCUUGGCGGAUUCUUCUAGAAAGAUCGAUUCCCUCAACAGCCGCAUCACUAUUCUCGACCUGAAGCUCGAUUCCAAGCCUGGCUAUCCCGAGACCUUCGCUAUCGGAAUCGCUUCCGGCGCCGCCCUUAAAGGAAUCGGAGCUGUAAUGCCUCAAAUUCUUGGAGGUCUUGCUCAAAUCUGGAACUCUGUUACCUCUGCCACUAGAUCUUCUUCUUGAUUCUCCAUCCUGCCGGACAUGUUUACUCUAUUCAUCAAUAAUGCACUAAGAGGCACAAUUGGUAUUCUAACAUUUUUAAAGGCGAAAAUCAAACAAUUUCACCCCACCGUUACCUUAGCAGCAAAUGGAGUCAUGCAUGGGAGCAUUGUGAACAUGCAGGUGCUAGGUUGGUAGGAUGAAAUUUUGACCAUAUACACGUUGGAGGGAUGUAGCCGAGGUCAUUAAAUGCAAUUUAAUGUACAUCGCCAUGGAGCUCGUUCGAGGCGGCGAGCUCUUCAAUAAAAUCGCUUGAGGUCAGUUGAAAGAAGACAUGCCCAGAGUCUAUUUCCAGCAAUUGAUCUCCGUCGUUGAUUUCUGCCACAGCCGUUGCAUUUAACACCGUGAUCUCAAGCUGGAGAAUUUGCUCCUGGACGAGCAUGGAAACCUGAAAGUCAUAGAUUUUGGUCUUAGCACUUUCUCCGAGCACUUAUGGCAAGAUGGUUUGUUUCACACUACCUGUGGUACUCUAGUGUGUGUCUCUCCGAAGACAAUUAGUGAAAAAGGCUAUGAUGGUGCAAAAGCGGAUAUCUGGUCUUGUGGUGUCAUCUUAUGCGUUCUUACCCUUUCAGGACGACAAUUUGGUUUCAAUGUAUCAGAAAAUUUAUAGAGGAGACUUUAAAUGCCCACCGUGGUUUUCAUCCGAAGCUCGAAGACUCAUCACGAAGCUCCUUGACUCGAACCCCAAUACUUCAAUCACAAUUUAAAAAAUCAUGGACUCGUCGUUCUUCAAGAAAUCAAUCCCAAAGAGCAUGAGGAUGAAAACCGAGGAGUCUGAUUCGGAGUGCGAUGAUAAUUUUGAGAAAUCAAAGUAGAAUGAGCCAGCAACAAUGUACGGUUUCCAUUUGAUAUCCCUACCAGAGGCAUUCAACUUGUCGUCACUUAUCUCGGAGAAGAGGGAAGAAAAGGAGGAGAUGAGGUUCGUGACGGCAACUACAUCCCUCUAGCAUGUACAUGGUCAAAAUUUCGUCCUCCCAACUUGGCACUCAUGUGUUUGUAAUGCUCACAUGUAUGACUCCAUUUGCUGCUAAAGUAAUUGUGGGGUGACAUUGAUUUUAAAAAAUGUGGAGGUGACGUUGUGCCUUUAAAAAUGUUAGGAUACCAAUUGUACCUGUGUGUAAACAUCCGGGGCAGAUUUGUACCUUAACCCUGUAAAAUUUAUUAAUUAAUUUGGGGGACAUACUAGGAC